GAAUGUUCAUUGGUCGCUGUUUAACGAUAUGUUUGCUUCUGCUAUCGGUGGUUCUAUUCUGUGGUUUGGGACUGAUGUUCAACACGAAGACAACAGCAGAUGUAGCCAACUGUCCAUGUCUGGAGAUCACUGACAGACAGUUGGCCAAACUUUCUCCAGACAAAGAUUUGAACCAGGAGAGUUUACCGGGUCAUGUCACGUCACUAUCAUCAGGUGCACAUCUGGCGAAAUGGCAGAAGGAGCAAGGCAAUAUUACAGCUACGGGCCCGAACAAAUUCCAGCCCAACUGGUGGAGGAGUCACACCAGACGAACGUGCCAGAAGCUUGGCCUCAACACCAGCCAGAAUGCCCUAACCCCGAGCAUGCUGGCGAGUGUUCUUGUCGACAAGAACCACAUGAUCCUCUACUGCCAAAUCGCCAAGGUGGCAUCCACCAACCUGGGCAAGAUCUUCGCCAUCCUGGCCGGCAAGUUCAAUGGAACUGACCCCAACGCCAUUAAAUCUAGUGAUGUACACUGGGUGUUCAAUAAGCUGCAGACACACCUGGAUGUCUUCCCCAAACACGUUAUGCAAGACAUGUUAAAGCGUUACUUCAAGUUUACUUUUGUCAGAGACCCAUUUGAACGUCUUCUCUCUGGCUACAGAAACAAGUUCCUACAACCCUCAUCCAGCUAUUUCACCUACAUAAAUAAGAGGCUCGUCCUGAAAUACAGAAAGAAUUCCACACAGACCGGAGGAGUCACUUUUCCCGAGUUUGUGUCCUAUUUGUUGGACAAGGAACGGAAAGUUCCAAUGAACAGACAUUGGCAGCCGAUGUAUGAGAUCUGCAGGCCUUGUGAAACCAGCUACAACUUUAUUGGGAAAAUCAACUCUCUCGAAGAAGACGUGUCGCACAUUCUUGAAAUCAACAAUCUCACAGGUAUAAUAGAUAUUUCCAAACUACCCAAAUCUUAUAGUCCCCAAAAGUCAGAUCACUAUCUAGGUCAUUAUUAUUCCCAAGUACCUAGACCACUUUUAUUGUUGCUUUUUCAGAUGUAUUACGCAGACUACGCCAUUUUAUGA